AUGUCAAAGUGGGGCUGGGCAGCAGCAGUAGCCGCUGGAGCAGCAGUUGUAUUCGUUCUGCUGCCUGCAGCUCCUUGGAUUCUGCAAGAUGUGGAGGCAGAGGUGAGUUGGGGGGGCUGUGCUUGGCAAGGGAAGCUGAUGGAAUGUGGUUGACAGGAAUUGAGGGGGGGGAGGAAUUUAGAGGGGGGGUCUCUUCGCUGUUAGAUGGGAGCAGCUUUCUACAGAGAGGAAACAUUUGUCCCUGGAAAGGGGAUGCAAAUUAAACAAUACCAGUUCCGUUCAAGUUCAUGGUGGAGGGAGGAGAGGUUGCAAAGGGGACUGGUCAAAGGUAAGACCUUUGCAGGGCAAUCCUAGGCAUGCCUGCGACUCAGAAGGAAGUCUCACUGAGUUCCGUGAGGCUUACUCCCAGGUGAGUGUGCACAGGGCUGCAGCUUUGAAUUCCUUCUUCCAUGCACACCUCCCUGCCCCUCUCCCUGGUAGCUUCUCACAAACCCCUUUUCCUUGACAGCCUCAAUUCGCUGGAGGCUCCCAAAAGGUGCUUGAGGAAUUUCUCCACAUGGCAGCCAGCCAGGAAGACUAGCAUUUGCAUAGCUUGAGGUUAAGGGGAGUGGCAUGUGUGUGAGAGAGUGGGGGGGGGGGGGAGAACAUGGGAUCCUCCAAGUUUAAGACUAGAAUGGGGCUUUCAGCUGGAAUGGCUCAAAAUAUUUGCUGAAUGGCCUCCCCUGCCCUUGCUUUUUUGCAGGGGGACGAAGCAGCCCAAUCUGUUGUGGCUUCUGCUACUUGGCAACCCAACAAAGGCUUGACCAGAAGGAGGCGCUAUGCAAUCAACCCUCUAGGCUACAAAUGGGACCACGUGAAUCUGACCUACAAGUAAGCAUGUUUAUUUGGGGUGGGGAACCAAUAGCCUGCUUAUUGCAGGCUUACUAAAUACAGUGUCACAGGGCAACUUAUUGUUAUAAGAUUUUUUUUUUUUGGAGCUGUCGUGUUGCUCUGUACUACUAGAUUUGAUGCUUUCCAUCUCUGCUUGACAACUGGACUACCUCCCGGUGGGUGUGCAUGUUACCUCAUGUAAGGUCCUCCAGACAAUCUGUUUUUUGAGCAUUCACCCUGAUUUGCUUGUGCAAAGCUUCCAUGGGGGUUUAAUGUCCGCUAAGCAUUUGUUCUGAUUGGUUUUCAGGGAAGUUAAAUGACAACGAACAUUUGUUGUGAUUUGCUUUUGCAGCAGUUAUACAUCUUAUCAUCAAACUAUUUCACCUCUUUUAUUCCAUUUCUCCAUCACUUUCCUAACUGCAAAAAUUCAAUUUUUCAAAAGUGGAUUUUUUGUGUGCCAGAGUACGGAAAAAAAAGUGAGCCAGGAAGGGCUGGGCGAUGGGCUCCGUGUGGUGGCAAAUGCCUCCCUCUGUGAGGGAGUCUUCCCAAACCUGCUUAAAGAAGCUGCACCCAGCCAAUAUGGCCAACUAUUGCCCAGUCUUAAAUCUUCCAUUCUUGGGCAAGGUGAUUGAGUGGAUGGUUGCUGAACAAAUUCAGACACACUUGGAGGAUGCAGACCACUUGGAUCUCUUCCAGUCGGGAUUCAGGCCUCAUCAUGUGACUGAAACUGCCUUGGUUGCGCUGGUUGAUGAUCUCUGGUGGGCCAGGGACCAAGGUGAAAGCUUUCCUAGUUCUGCUGGAUCUCUCAGCGGCCUUUGAUACCAUCGAUCAUGACAUACUUCUGGACCGUCCAGAGGAGUUGGGAGCUGGGGGCACUGUUAUACAGUGGUUCUGCUCCUUCCUCCUGGGCUAUGUCCAGAAAGUGGUGUUGGGGGAUGAGUGUUCAGACCCCUGGGUGUUCACUUGUGGGGUGCCUCAGCGCUCCAUCCUCUCCUCCAUGCUUUUUAACAUCUAUGAAGCUGCUGGGAGAGAUCAUCAGGGGGUUUGGGCUGGGUGUUCAUCAGUAUGCGGAUGAUACCCAGUUCUACCUCUCUUUUAAAUCAGAACCAGUGAGGGCAGUGAAGGUCCUGUGUGAGUGUCUGGAGGUGGUUGGAGGAUGGAUGGCGGCUAACAGAUUAAGGUUGAAUCCUGGCAAGACAGAAGUAUUGUUUUUUGGGGGGGGACAGGGGGUGGGCAGGUGUGGAGGACUCCCUGGUCCUGAAUGGGGUAGCUGUGUUCCUGAAGGACCAGGUGUGCAGCCUGGGAGUCAUUUUGCACUCACAGCUGUCCAUGGAGGCGCAGGUUAAUUCUGUGUCCAGGGCGGCUGUCUACCAGCUCCAUCUGGUACGCUGGGAAGACCCUACUUGCCCGCAGACUGUCUUGCAAGAGUGGUGCAUGCUCUGGUUAUGUCCCGCUUGGACAACUGCAAUGCGCUCUACAUGGGGCUAGCUUUGAAGGUGACUCGGAAGCUACAACUAAUCCAGAACGCGGCAGCUAGACUGUUGACUAGGAGUGGCUGCUGGGACCAUAUAACACCGGUCCUAAAGGAUUUCAAUGGCUCCUAGUGUGUUUUUGAGCAUAAUUCAAAAGUAUUGGUGCUGACCUUUAAAGCCCUAAAUGGCCUCAGCCCAGUAUACCUGAAGGAGUAUCUCCACUCCAGUUGUUCAACCCAGACACUGAAGUCCACCUCCAAGGGCCUUCUGGUGGUUCCCUCACUGCGAAAAGUGAGGUUACAGGGAACCAGACAGAAGGCCUUCUUGGUACUGGCACCCUCCCUGUGGAUUUUGCCACUGGUAUGCAUGGCUAGACCUGGUGGUUUUUUGCACGUGGGGUGGUGGUAACGUGACAGUAUUCAUAUUUCAAUGAAAGUGGUGAGGUUGCCAUCACGAAAGAGAGAGAAAGAGACGUGAGUAGCAUCACCCAAAAAAUACUGGCUAGACUGACCAUUUGAGGAUUGUAUCCUCCCUACAGCACCCCCUGGUGGAAGAACCUGCCAGCACAAGAGUUUGAAAUCACCCCAGUCUUCCGCUGCUCAUAAUGUUCCUGGUUAUGCUUUUCCCCUGGCUUGCUCUCUCUACCUCUUUCUGGCUGCAGGAUUGUACAGUUCCCCAGCACCCUCAACAAGGUGGACACCGAGCGAGCCAUAGCGAGCGCCUUUCGCAUGUGGAGCGAUGUUUCUCCCCUCAGCUUCCGGCGCUUGGCCCCUACCCAGCUGGCAGACAUCACUAUAGGUAGGAGCUGUAUAAUGAACCCAUCCCUAAUGCAAUAUUACUGUGUCAGGAAUAUGUUGCCCAAGGCACCUGCCAUUGCACACCAGUCUGGAGGGGCCACUGCCCUAAUUCUGCCCAUCACCCCAUUCCCUUACUGUCAGUCAUUUUCCCACCAGCUCCUCUGUCACUGUAGAGAGCAGUUUCCUAGUCGCUUUUCAUAUUCCAAGUGGCAAGUGAAGCUGUUGCUUCUAGAAACAGUUUUGAGGAGCAGGUAAGAACCUCAGGCGCUCCCAGCUGCUGCAUCAAGACAAAGGCCCAUCUAGUUCAGCAUCCCUGCUCUUGCAGUGGCUGAAUAGAAAUCACAGAACUGUAGAGUUGGAGGGGGGACCCUGAGGAUCAUCUAGUCCAACCCCUGGUAAUGCAGGAAUAUGCAGCUGUCCCCUACAUGGAUCGAACCUGCAACCUUGGCAUUAUCGACACCAUGCUCUAACCAAGUGAGCUAUCCAGGCUGAUGCCUAUGGGAAGCCCCCAGGCAGGACCCAUGGGCAACAGCAACUAGCAUUCAGAGCCUUACUGCCUUUGAUAGGGCAGGUAUAUCUUAGAAGGGGUUGCGAUCUUCUUGUCUCCAAGAUCUAUUCUGCAUAUCACAUAUGUGACUGUAGUGGUGCCAUUUUGAUUUUUAUUCCACAUGUGAAAACGCUCAAGGUUGGGACUACCCUGGAAAUAUUAGAAAGUGCCUGUGAUGGUGCCCAGAUGCCGUGGGUUGGUCUGCCUUGUGCUCCCAGACGUGGAUUUAGCUCAGCACAACUGGUUCCCCUGCCCUGGGCGUAGAGCUGAGGGAAGUGCCACAGGGCCUUGCAACUAUGACACAAGGCGUGUGCAGAAUGGAAGGCGAGAGGUGGGGGGGACGGGACGGGACACAACCAAAUUUUGACCUUGCACAGGGCACCGCUGAAAUUUGAAAGACCAAAGUCCACCCCUGGUGCUUCUCUACCUCCUUCCCCUCCCUUCUGCUACUGUUUUAACAUCUCUUCCAAACUGCUUCUGGCGUAACCCAAAGAGCGGAAGAGAGACUUCCCCUGGCAGAUUUAUUACAUCUGGGCUAGUUGGAGAAAGUUCAAAGGAGCUCAGCAGAGAUGAAAAAGGCAGCAGAGGGAAUGGAAGACACAUGGAGAGAGGCAGCAGGAGUGGGAUUUAUUUCGCCUGGAUGCAGGAGUGUGGGGGAGAACAAGAGAAAAUGUUGGUCUAAAUGGGUGAUUGUUACUUAAACAGAGGGGCUGUAGGAGAACGACUUGUGUCUUGUGUUUCUGAAGGGAGAUUUGGUAAGCGACAAAUAUCCAACAUAAAAUAAGUUGGGGAUUCCUAGCCCUGCUUUGGUUCAAGGAAAUGGUUUGUAGAGGUUGCCAACAUGUUGCCUUCCAGAUGUUGUGGGCAACCAUUCCCAUGGCCACUGGCCACUGGCCAUGCUGGCUGAAGCGGAUGGGAGUCUGAUACAUAACGUUGGCUACCCCUGGUUUAGAGUCUGGUGAUGCUACAUCUUUGUCUCAUCUAUGAUUGUGGGAUUCACACCUUUUCUCAGAUAUUUUCUGCUGCAUCAGGGCACCCGGAUCAUAGGACAGGGGCUCAGAACCUAUUCUCUUGACUACAAUACAAUGCUUCUUUCAAUUCUGUGAGCCGCCCUAAGGGGUGGUUGAUGAAGGGCGAUGUGUAAAUUUAAUAAAUAAACAUAAUAAAUAAAAUAAUCCUAAUUUCAGCAGGGGAGAGGAACCCCUGAGGGCAUCAGGAAUGGCCUCUACAGGCACCAUGUUGGAACACCCCCUACUCUAAGAUAAAGACCAUGUCUGUAUUCAUUUAGACUCGGCUUCUUGCACUUUUGCCAAUCACUAGUAGGGAGGCUGGAGAAAUUUAUUCACAACACACAUACACCCCACGUGUUGUUAGACUCUUCUUCAGAGCCUCAAAAUGCAAAGGAGAAAAGGCUCCUUUGGUGUUAACGGAUAUAAGACCUUUAAAAUGAAAGCACAAUUUUUGUUCUUUCUGCUGCUUUCUUCUCUCUCUUCCUGCAUUCCGAUUCUAUAGUUCUACAAUUUCUCCCAGAGACCCCCCUAAAUUAUGGCUUAGUUCUCAGUGAGGCAGGGAAACCUGAUUCUGGCCUGUACCACUUCAGUUUGCUGGUGGGGGGGGGGAUGACAGGACUGAAUGCUCCUCCAGAAAAAGUUCCAGCACACAGAAAAUAAAUAAUCUCAAGGAGAUGGCUUUUCUGCCUGACUUGCUAGCUUGCCAGGUGGAAUGGAAUUGUUUUUGUGUGGGCAAACAUUCAGUCCAGAAAUCUUCAAUAAAAGGAGAUUUCUGAACGUCUCAUAUUUGCUUGGCUCCUGGUCUGCAGAACAGGGAAGCACGGCAUUCUCUUACCCCACAAAAACAAAACCUAACACCUACCUCUGUGGUUCUCUUAUACUGCUUCUGCCACCACCGUUCAGUUUAACUUAUUCCCCCAGUAACCUGGCAGCUGUGAGGUACAGGAGUAAUAUUAAACCAGUCAGGUACAGAUACAACAUUUAACAAAGGUAUUUGAAUAAAUAAAUUGAAUAAAUGAAAUACUUGCAUUUAUUUAUUACAAGAUUAUUCUGUGCCCAAGCUUAUCUGGUCCCUUUAAAAUAGCACUGGCUCUUUGGAUGAGUCAACCGAAGAAGGUAUAGGGUUAUAAAGGCCAGGACUAGCCGCCUGAGAAACAGUUUCUACACAAAUGCAAUUCUGGUUCUAAACGCAGCAUAAGGGGUCUCUGUAGUAUAGUGUAUUUUAAAAUGGGGUUUUAGAGUUUUUAGGGGUUUUUGAAUGUUUUAUGUAGUUUUUAUGUAGUUUUAUGUAGUUUUGUGGUAGUUUUAUGUAGUUUUUCAAUUUCAUUGUUCCGCAAGGGACAAUAACAAUAAAGAUAUCGUAAUCGUAAAAACUUGUUACUGUCACUUGAAAUGGCAAUUACUUAUUGUCCCAGGACAGCUUGAAGGAAGCAGUUCAUCCCCCCUAUUAAAAACCCUUUAGCCAAAUUACCGCUUUAUUAUCUCCACCCCCUGGUUAAACCUCACCAGUGGGAUAACGGAGCCCUCCGCUGGAAAGCUCCUUUCCCAAGUGUUUACUGACCUGUACUGAAGCUCAGGUUUGCCUUGCUGCCCUGCCCUGGAAGUCUUCCCUCUGGUCCUCUUCCUACCAGUCACCAGAGGCUGACGUCCCACGCUGCUUCUCACGCCUCCCCUCAAGUGCUGCAGACGGGUUCCCCCACCGUCUCUUCAGCCUCUGUCUCGUGACGCAGCUCCAUAGCUCAUCUGGCAGAACACGAGACUCUUAAUCUCAGGGUCCUGAGUUUGAGCCCCACAUUAGGCAAAAGAUUCCUGCAUUGAAAGGGGUUGGACUAGAUGGACCUUGGAGAACCCCUGUCUCACUGUACAAUUCUAUGAUUCUAAGUCUUCUGCCACUAAGGCACUCCACCUGCCUCUCAGGUCUUCCUCUGCUUCCUUUGAUUCUCUGCUGUUUUCUUCUGGCUGACGCCAGCUAACUAACUCCUUUCUCCCCAGCUCCUGGCUAUAUAUACCAUUCUUCUGGCCCCUCUUAGUCCAGCUCCAGCCAAUCACACUGUCUAACUGAAAAUUCCAAACCUGAACCCACCAAUUGAAAUAUGAGUCCCUUCAAACCUUGUUAUUCGUAAUGAGAAUUCUGACACCAGCUGUCAGUUAAGGCCCCAAGUGACAGUUAAACGAACUUCUGCUGGACCAGAGAGAAGACUUCCCACACCAAAUGCAUUGCAAUGCAGUUUACAAUGCAGAUGUCGGAAGACAUGACACAAUACCUGUUAAAGCUUAUAUCAAAUGGAUAGGAUUUCGGCAUGAAGGAAAAGGAAAAAGUUACAGAAGUCGGCCAAGUCCUCUUCAGAUGUUCACACAUCUUGGGUGGUAAUCAACUACAUUUUACUCCGAAUAGACUCAUUGGAAAUAAUGCCUCAAACUUAGCCAGGAUUGUUAAUUUCAGUGGGUCUACUCUGAGUAAAACUUAGUUGAACACCACCUGUUGGAUUCCACCAUACCAAUCGCAGACUCACAACUAACUCAAGUCCAAGCAAAAUCUGACUGACUGCGCAAAUUCGGUCUCUUCCACCAAGAGCUCCCUGCUGAUGAGCAGAGAUUUGGCAGUGGGCUGUGGGAGAAUCAUGUAGUCCAACCUCCUGCAAUGCUCUUGUGGUCCCUUCCAACUCUACAAAUUCUAUGUUUGUGGCAGUGGCCCAAAGGGCCACAAUCAAUGCAAUAAUGUGUAUCCCUGUAAAUCCUUGAGUAUGCUUCUGAUAGAGAAGUUAUGGUAGCCUGUCACUUUAAGAAACUGCUGAUUCUGCAAGUUGCCCCCCCCCCCAAUUGGGGCAGAAAUACAGCUAAUAUGUAAAUCACAAAGAUACAGCAUAAAGCUAGAACAUACGUUGCUAAAUGAUGCAAAUGGCUACACGUAACACAGGUUCCCAACGUGCACACUAACACAAUGUAUUCAUGCAGGGUCAUAGCAGAACACUGUGGGAAUCAGAGCUUAGUCAGCAGAAACAGCCAAUGCUUACGCAUAUGAUUAGCCUAACAACUUAAAUGAGGUAAUGAUGUAUAUAAUUGGUGGAAAUUGAAAUGCUUUCUUUGAAACUUUAUAAAUACCACUGCCCGAACCACUGGGAGGGACUGCAACCUUAGCAGAGCUAUCCCAUUGUAACCUAUUGCUUUGCAGUAAGCAACGCUGGACUCCUAACUCCUCUCGUUUCUGAGUUUUAUUGGCGUAAACUCAGGAGAUAAGCUGUUUUCUGGCAUACUUCAUGUUUAGUUGGAAUCUCCUUUCUUGUAACUUGAAUCUAUGGGUUCGAGUCCUCACCUCCACAGUUUACUAGAUGGUAUUAGAUUGGCCUGAUCACUGCAGAUGGUGACAGCAGCCACGAAAUUAAAAGACGCCUGCUUCUUGGGAGAAAAGCAAUGACAAACCUAGACAGCAUCUUAAAAAGCAGAGACAUCACCUUGCCAACAAAGGUCCGUAUAGUUAAAGCUAUCGUUUUCCCAGUAGUGAUGUAUGGAAGUGAGAGCCGGACCAUAAAGAAGGCUGAUCGCCAAAGAAUCGAUGCUUUUGAAUUAUGGUGCUGGAGGAGACUCUUGAGAGUCCCAUGGACUGCAAGAAGAUCAAAUGCAUCCAUUCUUAAGGAAAUCAGCCCUGAGUCUCACUGGAAGGACAGAUCCUGAAGCUGAGGCUCCAAGACUUUGGCCACCUCAUGAGAAGAGAAGACUCCCUGGAAAAGACCCUGAUGUUGGGAAAGAUGGAGGGCACAAGGAGAAGGGGAUGACAGAGGGCAAGAUGGUUGGACAGUGUUCUUGAAGCUACCAGCAUGAGUUUGACCAAACUGUGGGAGGCAGUGGAAGACAGGAGUGCCUGGUGUGCUAUGGUCCAUGGGGUCACGAAGAGCCGGACACGACUAAACGACUAAACAACAACAACAUUAGAUUGGCCUAGGACUGCUGGGAGCUGCUGUUCAGAACACACCAGGUUGGCAAAUCCACUGCCAGGUUCUCUCUCUCUCUCUCUCUCUCUCUCUCUCUCUCUCUCUCUCUCUCUCUUUCUCUCUCUCUCUCUCUCCUUAUCUUACCUUGCUGGAUUGUUGGGAUAUAUGAUGGAAACUUUGUGCACUGUGUUAUGGGAGCAAAUGCUGGCAAUAACCAAUCCCUCUGUCGUCUUGGCUGCCGUCAAGCAGGUUUCUACACGUUCAACCACACCGACUGCUGGUUCUCCCCGCUGCACCCUUGCUUCGAUGGGCUCAAUGGGGAGCUGGCCCAUGCCUUCCUCCCUCCCCGCGGCGAGAUCCACUUCGACAAUCAUGAAUUUUGGAUUCUGGGACGCUCCCGCUUCAGCUGGAAGCAAGGUACUGUGCACAAAGUAGCGCCUACACGUUUUGGUGAGGGCAAGAGAGUGGAUGGUUUUUGCUAUGGGUUGAGGAACCAAAUGUGGCCCCCGGGCCUCUCUAGCUGGCCCUUGGAGAGGAGGCCACGCCCCCUCUCUGCAGACCACAACUCUCCAACUGUCUCAAAUGUCUUUGCCUGUCUGAACUGUGAUAUUGCCUCUGACUUACCUGAACGGAAGGAGUCUCUGUAUGUAGAAACACUUGACUUUAGUGUGGCUUGAAUGCACCUUACUGUACAAAGCAGGGGACACAUUCACCCCAUGUCAACUCUACAGGGGCUGCAUCCAGCAGUGAAUGUGGCCACUGGCUCUUGCACAGACACUCAGACACGCAGCCCACCCGCUGACCCCAUGCAGAUCUGUUGAGGGGAGGGUUGAGGGCUGGAACCUAACAACACCACUAUUUUGAAAUAUUAAGUGGUAUAUUAAUGCCUUCCAAUAAACACAUUUGGAAGCCUAAAGGUUCUCCAUCCCUCUCAGAAGAGAGUGAGACUGGUGGGAUGUUGUUCCAGAGGUUCCUAUAACUUUCUGCAUGGGCUUUUAUUUGGAGCUGGCCUGCGGAGAUGCCAGGCAAAGGUGGCAGAGGAAUUCUGGUCCUCUUCUUCUUUUUCUCUUGCCUUCUCUCUUUGGCAGGCGUCUGGCUGAAUGACCUGGUGCAAGUAGCAGCUCACGAGAUUGGCCAUGCCCUGGGGCUCUGGCACUCCCGGGAUGCCCGCGCCCUCAUGCACCCCAAUGCCACCUACAGUAGGACGUGGCGCAUUGGCCAGGAUGACGUCUGGGCCAUACAGCGGCUGUACGGUGAGGAGCACACCUGGCAGGCGGUUCCAAACCAGUAAGCUCCAACAUCUGGUACCAGUAGACUUCCCUGUUCAGCUUGGGAGCACCUGCACUGCUACGGGGCAACUGUGCGGAGAUUGUCACUCCUUUGCUCAUGCCUCACCUUUUCUCGGGUGCUGAAACGGGAUGGGCUGCCCCCAGUUUCACAAUAUGUACACUAUACAAUAUGUAGGAUAAGCACAUGGACAAUUCACAACAGCUGUUAUUGGUGGUAAUAAUAUAACCCUCCUAGAUUAGCUCUGUAGUGGAUUUGUUAAAUUGUACAAGCAGGCAGCUGUAGGCCAGAGGCAGAGAGAGUCAGCAAUCCAGCUCACAGUCUUAUGCAGCUGUUUCUGUUAUCAGAAUCCUUUUAGCAAACUUCCCCAGCCCACCUCCAAACUCCAGUUUCGAUUUCUACCCAAAUGCAAACUUGUUUCAUCCCUCUCAUUUUUUAAAAAAUAAUAUUUAUUACUUUUCCAAAAAUUUAAACACUAAAAAGACACAAUACAAUACAAUACAAUACAAUACAAUACAAUACAAUACAAUACAAUACUAUACAAUACAUUAAACUAACAGAACAAAACAAAAACAAUAAAAUAAAUCAAACAAUUUCAUUAUCCCAUCUUUCAUUCACUUAUUUCCACGACCUCCUCACACCUCCCUUUUUGUAUUCCACUUCUGUUAAUUAUUUCAGCAAUUCCUUUCCAUCUUCCUCUGUUUUCUAUCCUAUAAUUAUCUUAACUCAUUCUAACCUUAUUUUUUCCUUUAAUGCUCUAUUAAUCUAUUUAUACUUAAUUCCUUAUAACGUUUCUACUAAAGCCAUGUAACUCUCAGCCCUUAAUCUGAGCCUGAUUUUCAGCUCCAGUUUAGGCAGGAAGGGGCAAUGCCUCUACAGCUGGUCUGGGCAGGUUGAUGGCCUGUUUUGGACUAGGUUGCAAGAAGGCUUUGAAUAGUAUGUCUACAACUCCUGUUGGGCCAGAGCUAAAAGACGGCACUUGUGAGUUUGGAUGACCACAGAGGAGCAGUCAUGCUAGUCUGCUGUAGCAAAAAAUAUUGUGGCACCUUACAGCCAGACAGGUUUAUUAUGGUUUUAUAGACCAUAGUCCACUUCAUCCAAUCCAGGACGGCUACAUUCUCUCUCCACUGUCAGAGCCUCUGAGUACCAGUUGCUGGAUAUCUCGAGUCAGGAAUGGUUGCACUCAGGUUCUUUGCAUUGAGACAUCUGGUUGGCCACUGUGAGAACAGGAUGCAGGAGGACUUGAUGGGCCUUUGGUCUGAUCAAGCAAGGUUCAUUUUCUUAUCUUAAGCUGGCAGGUGUUAUAUACACACAGGUGUAGAGAAAAACAACUCAAACAGUGAAGGCAAGUGAAAAUGAAAUGUAAGGAUUUCAUCAAAGCUUAAAUGUGUGCAAAAAUAAGAACUGCGAGUUAAUCAACAUUUGUAGUGAGAUGGAAAACUGUGAUCGCUAUUUAAGCCAGAAUUGACAGAAAUGAAUUUCUUCAUAUAUUUUAAUUCAGCUCCUCUACCCUUGCAACUUGAAACCUCCUCUGCUCCCUGAAGCCAGAUCUGUUUCAACCAGGGUCUAGACACAGCUGCUUUACGUGUGAUUCCCCCCCUCCUCAAUUUGCAGGCUGUGUGGAUGAGAAGAGGCAGUGCCAGCUGUGGGCCAAAAAAGGUUUCUGCACACACCGACGGCGAGCCUUCAUGAAGAAGCACUGCCCCAGGAUCUGUAAUGCCUGCUUUGGUGAGACUGGGAGCUGCUUGCUGCUCUUGCUCUGCAGCGGGCUCUCUGUUUUUUUUUUGAAGGGGGGAGUGACGGUUUGUUGUGCAAGAGCUCCAAAUCAGCUUCAAUUGCGUAACCUGAAUUUGAAUCCCACCCCAAAAUAGCAACAGUCAUUUCUGUCUCUUUCUUACAGAGCACCUUGCGGCCACCACCGCCUCCUCCCUGCCUGUUCGUCCGUCGCGCGUUCACACCAGAUACAUUUCCAAGGGCAAAGUCAUCACCUUCCGCUGUGGACUCAACUCUUCCAGGUUGCACUUGCAAGCCAGGUGAGAACCCCUGUGUGUAUUCUCAAGCAGACUCUGCAACACUGGCCAGUGCGGUAAAUAAUAUUUGCCUCCUGACCUGAGCACGGUGCAUGUUUCUUUUAGAGCUCUGGAGAAGUAAGUGUGGUGAUCACACAGGGCCCCCGGACGUUUCACAGUCUAUUGACCCUGUGCCACCACUGUGGUUGCUUUCUUCGCUGCCACCACCCCGCUUCUCACGGGGACACACGGAGUCCAGACAGUUGUUAACAUAAACAAAUAAUCAAGUUUAUUUUUAAAUGCAGGAAUAAGCGUAUGGUUUCGGUUUAUUUUUCUCUUGUCAGUUUCUUAAAUCUUAGUUCCUACAACUUCAAACUGAAUUAUUCCCAACUAUCUAUCUAACUCCCUAACAAUUCCUCUCACUCUCUCACAAUACAACUCAACCAACCCACUGCGUAUUCCACCCUCUUCCUUCUCCAGCCCAAGCCUCAACUCCCAACUGACAACCCUCAACCCUCAACUCCCAACUCCCAAACCUCAACUGCCAACUCCCAAACCUCAACUGUCUUUUCAAAACCUCCCACUCUAUCUUUUACUCCCCCCUUGCAUUCUCACUGGCCAAUCACAUAACACCCAUUUUUAACUCUUUCCUUGAUGCAUCCUAGGGGCAAACGCCACAGUAAGAAACCCUGUGAUUUCUCUCCCACCCUGCCCAAAAGGCUGCAGCAAUCCAGCCACCUGCCCACCUCCCUAACCCAACUUCUCUCUGUGGCCAGUGGGACAAUAUGGUGGGCAUGAGGUUGGGGUGGUAGGCAGCAGGGUUGUAGGCAAGAUAUAGGAGAGACAUCUCCCUUCACUGCAUGCUAAGAGCACAGUCCAAAAUAUGUUCCAAAACAUUUAAAGCAAGCAUGGGAACCUUUUGUUAUAAGAAUUCUAAGGUCCCAAAUAUAAAAUAAAUGUUCAUAAAUGUACAAGGCAAGCACAUUCAUACCGGUAAGAAUAUAAACCACGGUGUCUGAAAUAGUACAGGAGAGCAAUCCUGAAGCCAUUUUGACUCUCCCAAACCAUUUUGAUUACAGGUAGGUAGCUGUGUUGGUCUGCUGUAGUCGAAACAAAAUAAAAAAAUUCCUUCCAGUAGCACCUUAGAGACCAACUAAGUUUGUUAUUGGUAUGAGCUUUUGUGUAUCUGAAGAAGUGUGCAUGCACACAAAAGCUUAUACCAAUGACAAACUUAGUUGGUCUCUAAGGUGCUACUGGAAGGAAUUUUUAAAUUUUGUUUAAACCAUUUUGACUCCCAAAUUGUCCUCAAUAUAUUUCUCUGGAAGGAGGGAGAAAAUGGGGAAAGCCUUCCCUUUGUCUUUUUGCUUACAAAUCCUGUCUUAAGGGCAUAUUUGUGUAUGAACAGGGUAAGCUUGUGACCUGUAUUCAAAAACUAAAAGUAUUAACCAUCACAAAAGAAUGGCCAGACUACCCAGGUAAAGCAAUCAGUGACCAUUAAUAGGUAUCCUGGCAGACAGGAUUUCUGCUGUAGACUGCCUCCUUCUGUGAUGUAUGUAUGAUGUUUAAGGGGGUGGUGGUCUUGAGCUACAGGGUGGGCAAUUUCAAAAGUCUAUAUAAGGGCUUGCAUGCCAGUGUUCAGGGUUCCCUUCUCCCUCCUGUGUGUGGUGAAUGGGGACCCUAUUGAAACAGUUUAAUAACAGGCUUACUAGCCGCUUUGCUUCUCAACAUUCUCUGGUUGGCCUCUGUUAUUUUCUCCCACCAAUAGGGAACCCACUUAAGGACUCUAUAUAGGCUCUUGGAUACCCCAGAAGGGAAAAAGAGCAGUUUUUUCCUAUAACGCUUUGUUCCCAGGGCGGCAUUCCCCUGGGGCUACAUUCUGGCGGUGGCCAGGACUGAACCCCAAAGUGCAGGAGGCCAGACAGGAAGUGACCACGGCAUCCCCUUCCCCCUCUCUGCCAUCCCCGUCCCCCCUACACUUGCAUGGAAUUAGGCCAAGGACCACAUGGAAUUUUGUCAACGGCCACGUGUGGUUCUUGGGUCACGGGUUGUCUACCCCUGAUUUAAAUUGAUGGUACUCUCACACCCCUGCCAAACUUUAUGAUGGGAUUCAUAGAAUCAAAGAUUUGUAAGGAACUCCAAGGAUCAUCUUGUCGAACCCCCUGCAGUGCUGGAACAUGAAUCCGUAUGAAGAUCGAACCUGCAACCUUGGCUUUAUCAGCACCACACUCUAACCAACUAAGCCCAGGGGUCAGCAAACUUUUUCAGCAGAGGGCCGGUCCACUGUCCCUCAGACCUUGUGGGGGGCUGGACUAUGUUUUGGAGAAGAAAAAUGAACGAAUUCCUAUGCCCCACAAAUAACCCAGAGAUGCAUUUUAAAUAAAAGCACAUAUUCUACUCAUGUAAAAACACACUGAUUCCCAGACCGUCCGCGGGCUGAAUUUAGAAGGCGAUUGGGCCAGAUUUGGCCCCCGGGCCUUAGUUUGCCUACCCAUGAACUAAGCUAACUGGUCUUUGCUUGCUGUCACUUAUGGCAAGUGUUAAGGUCUUAUUGUUUAAUAAGUUAUUGGUUAAUAUAAGGCAAGGUUACUCACUUUGCAGGUCCAGAGCAGGACACUGUUAGCCUGCUCAUAGAUGAACACACAGCAAUGUAGGAAAACGAGAGUAGCCACAAGCUAAAGGGUGGAGUGUUCGCUCCAACCCACAAGAACUGGAGACAAUAUUUAACUCGCAAUUACCAGUUACUGCAGUGAGCACCAGACCUCAACAUUAUCACAUGUGGAUAAGUCCCUAAUGAAACAAGGCGCUGUUAGGUGACAGAGUACAUAUGGGAGGGUAAUCCCACAUUUCCCUAGCCUGAAGUAGGGAAGUUUGCCAUACUAGCAUGUGAAAUGCAGAGGAGCAAAUGCAUGUUGAAAUAUACUUGGAGUCGAGAAUGGAUUUCAUGCUCUUUAUUCAGCUCAUUUAUUCAGCGAGGAAUGGAAGUUCCCCCAAAACGUCUGCUUUAUAUACAUUAUUUACACAAUGGGCCCCACGUGAUUGGCUAAUUCCGGGAUUCUCCUGUAGGCCAAUCAGGUUGCGGAUUCACUUCCACCUGGAGCUGGAUUGGGUGGCUCCUGCGGACCAAUCAGACUGCUGCAUUUUGGAUCCUAUUCAACUCAGUACAUAACAGAUGUGGUUUUGGUGAGGAUGCAAAUUGUGGGGCUGAGCUAGUCUCCUCCCUCUGACUCCUGCCUUUUCCCACUUCCAGCUGGUAUAAAGAUGGAGAGCCUCUCUCUCACUCGCUGCCAGGCUUCGAAUUGCUGCCCAGCCAGGAUCUGCGAGUCGUCGCCACUGAGUUCAGCGAAGGGAGGUACGCCUGUUUGAUCCGCCAUGGCAGCAGGACUCUCCGGGUUAAUUCCUGGCAGAUAAAGCUCAAGCCCAGAAGUCCUUUGCCUCCCACAAUGGGCGCACAGGGGAGAGCAUGAACAGGAGCAGCAUUGUGUGAGGUGUGUUUGUAGUCCUAGCUGGCUUGGCACUACCCACAUGGACCUGGCAUGGCAUCAGUCAGUCAGCCACUGCAGACUCUGGUCUGGACUCACCUGCUCUGUUGCCAGAUAUCUUGAUUCGGGAGGUCCUGUGGGGAGUAACAUGUCCAGAUUUUGGUACAGAACCUGGAUGAUGUGUUAUUUGUCUUUUGAACCCACUGGGUUUUCACCUAAUCACAUCCAGAGGCAAUAAGUUGAGUGUGUGUUGUCCCACUAAUUUGGGGACAGGGUUAGAGUCACCUCAAGAUUGUACCUGAGGCCUUCUGCAUGCAGAGCAGAUUCUCUGCUAUUGAGUCUCACAACUCUUGCCACUUAAAAAACCUGUUGAAGCCAACAUUAUUCCAAGACCUGCAGCAGAGGUGGGGAACUUGUGGUCUGCCUGAUCUUGUUGGGCUCCAAUUCCCAUCAGCCCCAGCCAGCUUGCCUAAUGGUCAGGGAAGAUGGGAAUUGGGAGUCCAACAACAUAUGGAAGGCCACUGGUUCUCCAUGUGUGUGCUAUCCCUGAGAAAAAAAUACUUCAUUUCAGUACACAGAGCAAUCCCCAAGCCAUCUAGGCUCAUUUUGGAAAACUUUUCCCAAUAGUUGUUUCACUCACAAAUUCUUCAAAUCCUGUUAAUAGAUAAACCUCUGCAAAACUGGUCUGGCAAGUAUUUGUUAAAGCCAAAGCAGACCGACUGAAAGAGCAUCUUCUGUCUAUAAAUAGGUAUUUACCAUUUCAAAGGAAUGGACCAGACUAGCAAGGAAAGACAAUCAGCAAAUAUUAUCUUGACAGACAGGAGACAAGCUACACUCUCAAAUUUCUGUUGUUGACCGCCUUUUUCUGUGAUGCUUGUAUGAUGCUUUUGGGUGGCCUUUAGCUAAGGGGCUGGGCAAUAUCUAAAGCCUUUAAAAGUUAUUACGCUCCUUUGUUCAGGUCCUCACAUCCUUGCAAGGGACUCUGUUGCAACAGAAAAUUAAAGAUCUUCCUUUUAAAAUUUCUGCUGGUUCCUGCCUCCACUCAUGUUUCUCUGACAGACUUGGGGGACACUGAGUCCCUUGAUGGAGAGUUGGGCUGUAAAUGCCAACCCCAUCCCCCCCCCAUGCCAGGAAUCGGGGCCUCCUUCUCCAUGCCAAGCAGAGCUCCGGCUUUUGCCCUAUGGAAUCCUCCCAUGAACACUGCCAAUCUUCAUUUGCCCUCUCUAUGGGCUUGUCCAUGGCAACUUCUGGAAUUGGGCUGCCUCACACCUGUAUUGCCUGAGGACAAUCGUCAUUUACCUCCAGUCCUUGAGAAACAGGUAGGCAGCUCAGGUCCCCAUUUUGAUUAGGAAUUUAUAGGCUUUGGGAAGCUUCUGAGUUCCUAGAGAAAUUACACUGGCUUUUUCAGCUGGCAGAUGAAGACUUAUUUGUUCUUACAGGAUCUGGGAACUGACUGUUUUUUAAGGAAUGGGC